CGACCUUCCCGUUUCCAUGUUUUGAUUCUUACAAUUCCUAAUUGUCGUACUUCACUGCACAUUAAUCUAUCGUCUUCGUUACUUAGGGCUUCCUUCAAUUACUGAACGGCUAUGGCGAAAGACGGUCCCAACUGGGAUGGGUUGCUCAAAUGGAGUCUUGCUCACUCCGACGGAACUCGCCCUAAUCGUAAUUUGAGUGAGGAGGAUAGGAGAUGGUUUAUGGAAGCAAUGCAAGCUCAGAGUGUUGAUGUUGUCCAGCGCAUGAAGGAGAUAACUCAAGUGAUGCAGACUCCUGAGCAAGUCUUGGAAGCUCAAGGUGUUAAUUCAGAGGAUAUUGAAGAUAUGCUUGAUGAGCUACAAGAGCAUGUCGAGUCGAUUGACAUGGCCAAUGACCUUCACUCUAUUGGUGGGCUGCAUCCUCUUCUUGGAUAUCUUAAGAAUCCCCAUGCAAAUAUUCGAGCCAAAGCUGCAGAAGUUGUGACCACUAUCGUUCAGAAUAACCCACGAAGUCAACAACUGGUGAUGGAAUUGAAUGGUUUAGAGUCGCUUCUCAUGAACUUUACUUCAGACCCUGAUGUCACUGCUCGGACCAAAGCUCUUGGUGCUAUAUCCUCUUUAAUCCGAUACAACAAACCUGGUAUUGCUGCAUUCCGACUUGCAAAUGGUUAUGCAGGCUUGAGAGAUGCUCUUGGCUCCGAGAGUGUAAGAUUUCAAAGGAAAGCCCUUAACUUAGUCCAUUACCUGCUGCAUGAAAAUACUUCAGAUUGCCACAUAGUGAAUGAACUCGGAUUUCCUCGUAUUAUGCUACACCUGGCAUCCAGUGAUGAUGCUGAGGUACGGGAAGCUGCUCUUCGUGGCCUCCUCGAACUUGCCAAGGACAAGACAGGUGAGAAUGGUGGAGGGUUAGGUGAAGAUGAUGACAAGUUAAAGCAGGUUCUGGAGGAACGGAUAAAGGGAAUCAGUUUACUGUCACCUGAAGAUCUUGGGGCAGCUAGGGAAGAAAGGCAGCUUGUCGAUUCACUCUGGAACACCUGCUACAAAGAACCAUCAUCUCUCCGUGAAAAGGGUCUUCUUGUUCUUCCUGGAGAGGAUGCACCACCUCCUGAUGUUGCUAGUAAGCAUUUUGAACCUCCUCUGAGAGCUUGGUCGGGAAGGCCUCCGGCUGAUACAAGUCCUAAAACCGAAAAGAAAGAAACUCCUUUAUUGCUGGGCUUAGGUUCUGCACCUGCACCUGCACCUGCACCUGAAGCUAGAGAUGUUACUUCCAGUUCCACAUCGAAUACGAAAGAAGAAGUGGAUUCGACUUCAUAACUUAGGCUGUAUAUUUACUAGUUUUAACACCUGUUCAAUGAUCCUACUUUUUCCUUCCUCUGUGCCAUGGUUGAACUUGCACCACCAAGGCACAUCAAAUAGGUAGUGGCCUCACCACUUCCUCUGUUAUAGUCAAGGGUGAUGUAGUUUUAUGCCAUCUUUGAGAUAUUUAUUACCAAACUUCAUUUCGAUAGAAUUCUAUUUUUUGUGAUUAGUUGGAUUAAGAAUGAAAAAUCAAUUAUUGUUGAACUUGAAAAAA